AUGGCCGACGUCGAGAUCUCUGAAGCUGGACCGUCGGUGCCUACCGGACCUCAACCACGCCAAGUGGUCUACUGCGCCGUAUGCACAUUUCCGCCCGAGUACUGCGAAUUCGGACCUUCGCCGUCCAAAUGUCGAAACUGGCUGCACGAGCACCAACCGGAGUUGUACGCCAAACUGUGGUCUGAUGAAGCGAUCUCGUCGAACCUGGCCAACUUGACUACCAAGCAGGCGGAAGAUCUGGAGCGCGAAGCAGCCAAGAAGGAGCGUAAGACGGUGGCGAAGGAGGAACGUGCACGCGCCGAAAUGGCCGCAUCGCGGAUCGUGCUCAAGAAGGAAGCGAGGACCAAGAGGAAAGUGACGACGAGCAUUGUUGGACUUCACCUCUUCAGUCCACCUCUUCCGGCGCUCAAGGUGGUCGCGAAAGCCUUGUCUUCACGCUUCGCAACAGGCGCAUCCGUCAGCAAAAGCGUCCAGAACCCAGGCGUAGACGAAAUCGUCGUCCAGGGAGACGUCGCUGACGACGUUCGAGACCUCAUCCUAUCGCGCACAAAACCUUUCCACGAACUCCCCUCCGAAAAAGACGGCGGCCCCUCCGAGAAAAACAUCGCCAUCGAGGAGGACAAAAAGUCGGCCAAGAAGGCCGCUGCCGCCGCCGCCGGCGCAGCUCCUCCUACCGACGACUAG